AUGAAGAGUGCGUAUCCGGUAACACAGUACCUGAUAGAGCGGUACUACGAGUCCCGCGGGUCUCUCAUCCCGGACGGCCUGCAUUUAAAAGACCACAGGAGCAGCGAGGAGUUAUUCAAUGACAUUACGUCGCCUGGACUAGUCGCUGGUAGCAUGGUGACCUCCAAUGGGGAUAGUGGUGGCAGUCCCGAGGACUCCGAGGAGUCGAUAGGGGAAGAGUUUAGUCUGCCUGAACUUCCGUCGGAGUCCCUGUUUGUCAGAUGGUUUACAAGGAUUAACAGCGUGCUUUCAAUGGGCACCAACAGUUACGGUUACGCUACAGACCUCAAGAUCAAAGAUUUGCAAAUGGAGCAAGCACAGGCGAUCUCGUACCUACAGUGGAGGGCUACUGGUCUUAGGCUGGAUGAACUUAUGGGACUUGAAGACUGGAAGUUGGAACCAAAGAACGAUUUGUACGACUACGAUAUGAUCGCGGGGUUGACCCGUCAGUUGCGGGAAUGCAGGAUAAACGAGGAUUACGCUAAAUUACUUUAUCUCAUAAGAAUCAACUGGGUACGGCAUUUGGGGAACAUGGGAGACGUUAACUUGUACACACACUGCAAUGUCGGGACAAAGACAAUCAUCGAGGAGUAUCUCGAAGAAUCCGAAUUAGACCUGCAUGCGCUCUUGCUACAGGAUGAACUGGAUGCAAGCUACGUGCUUGGUAUUUUACAACAGACGAAGCGUAACAUUGGUAAAUCUGCGUUGGUGUUGAGUGGUGGGGCGACUUUUGGACUGUUCCAUAUUGGUGUUAUCGCCGUUCUAUUCGAGGCACAGCUAAUACCGAAAGUUAUUAGUGGGACAAGUGCAGGUGCAAUUGUUGCCAGUAUUUUCUGCGUUCACACCAGGGAAGAGAUACCGAGUCUUCUUGCCAAUGUCCUAGACAUGGAGUUUAAUAUCUUCAAAGAUGAAAAGGACAAGUCGUCUAGCGAAGAUUUCCUCCUAAAAUUGUCGAGGUUUUUGAAAGGUGGCUCGUGGUUUGAGAGCAAGCAUUUGAUGAACACUAUGAUUAAGUUCUUGGGUAAUAUGACUUUCAAAGAAGCAUACUAUAGAACUGGGAAAAUACUCAACAUUACAGUGUCCUCGGCAUCAAUCUUUGAACAACCAAGAGUGCUCAACAACUUAACAGCAUCGAACGUAUUGAUUUGGUCCGCGGUGUGCGCAUCGUGUUCAGUACCAGGAAUAUUCCCAGCAACUCCGCUGUACGAAAAAGACCCCAAAACGGGGGAAACUCGUGAAUGGUUGGGUGAGAAGUCUACCAAGUUUCUGGAUGGCUCUGUCGAUAAUGAUCUACCAACGUCAAGACUAUCUGAGAUGUUCAAUGUCGACCACAUCAUUGCAUGUCAAGUGAACCCUCACGUAUUCCCCUUAUUAAAGACGUCGAACUCUUGUGUUGGGGGUCAGGUGCAGAACAGGUUGAGCACCAUGUUUAAGUCAACUAUGACAGACCUUUACAAAACUGUAUCCAAUGAGCUCAUUUACAUGCUCGAAAUGAGUGGCGAGUUGGGGAUCGCCCCUGUCGUUAUGGCGAAGAUGAGGUCUGUUCUAUCUCAAAAAUACACAGGCAAUAUUACGAUUUUACCGGAUCUGAAUAUGUUACUGAAAUUUGAUGAACUACUGAAAAACCCUUCACGUACUUUUUUACUUGAGGAAACCACCUUGGGAGCUCGUGCAACGUGGCCUAAAGUAUCGAUGAUCAAAAAUAAUUGUGGACAAGAGUUCGCGCUCGAUAGAUCAAUCACAUUUCUACAAACAAAGGUCCUGAUGUCGUCGGCCAUUAAGAACUCCUUACAGUUUGUUGACGGCUCUUUCGGACUUGUAAGGCUCAGUGAUGACCAAAGUGUGCACAAUAAGAACAAAAACAAAACUAAAGAUAAUGACAUAGAAGAGAAUAGGGACACUGGAAGACAAAUCUUAGAGGAUAAUCUGUUCGAGACAGAAGCUCGGAACGCCCUCAUGUUUAUUAGGAAGAGCAAUGAUACUUCUGAUAGGAGACUGCGGUCGAUGAGCUUGAAGGUCGACAGACCAACUAACAUUGACGUUAACGAUCACCUCACGUUGGACCUGCCGAACCGACCCCCGGUCCGUAGCGGCAAGUCGAUAUCGUUCUCAUCCAUACCAAGUACAAGAAGUAGGAGAUCAGGUACCUUGCAGGCAAAUAUGAUCCGGAACAACGAAAGGGACAUGAAAUCUGUGAUAGAAAGGAAACGAAUGAACCAGGGGUCUCCCACGCGACUGAUUCCGGAAUUGACUGCUCCUAAACCCCAAAAUAUGCAUUUUAAACCAAAAGUACUCGAACAACAAAAUACACAUAAAUUUAAUCGGUCCCUCCAACAGAAGGAAAAAAACACUUGA